CAUCCUCUGUGCGCACGGCGGCGACAGGAGCUGAGGACUCGGCUGCAGAGACGACUCCUGCUCCGCGGCUCCGACCCGACGCUGACAGGCACCGUGCGGACCCGCCAGCGAGGCUCCUCCGCGAACGUCUCCCCGCACACUCCGAUGGAUUAAUGUGAUUUUUCUGCGAGCGUAGAGGAUGGGCUGCGUCCAAUGUAAGGAUAAAGAAGCAGCGAAACUCACCGAUGACCGGGAGACCAGCGUCUCGCACAACUCGGGGUACCGCUAUGGGUCCGACCCCACGCCGCAGCACUACCCCAGCUUCUCCACCAUCCCCAACUACAACAACUUCCACACUGCCGCCCCGCAGGGGGUGACCGUGUUCGGAGGGGUCCACACGUCCUCGCAGUCUGGGACGCUGCGGUCUCGGGGAGGAACAGGGGUGACUCUGUUUGUGGCUCUGUACGACUAUGAAGCCAGGACCGAGGAUGACCUCAGCUUUAGAAAGGGGGAGAGGUUCCAGAUCCUCAACAGCACUGAGGGAGACUGGUGGGAGGCUCGUUCUCUCACUACAGGUGGAACUGGUUACAUUCCCAGCAAUUACGUAGCUCCAGUGGACUCCAUCCAAGCUGAGGACUGGUAUUUUGGCAAAUUAGGUCGGAAGGAUGCAGAGAGGCAGCUUCUCUCCAAUGGCAACGCCAGAGGCACUUUCCUCAUCCGUGAGAGUGAAACAACUAAAGGGGCCUACUCGCUCUCCAUCCAGGACUGGGACGACAUCAAGGGAGAUCAUGUCAAACACUACAAGAUUCGAAAGCUGGACAGUGGAGGCUACUACAUCACCACCAGGGCCCAGUUCGAGACGCUGCAGCAGCUCGUACAGCACUACUCUGCCAGGGCUGCCGGACUGUGCUGCCGCCUGAUUGUGCCGUGCCACAAAGGCAUGCCCCGUCUCACCGACCUGUCCGUCAAAACCAAAGACGUGUGGGAGAUCCCGCGAGAGUCUCUGCAGCUCAUCAAGCGUCUUGGAAAUGGCCAGUUCGGAGAGGUCUGGAUGGGCACGUGGAACGGCACCACCAAAGUGGCAGUGAAGACCCUGAAGCCCGGCACCAUGUCGCCCGAGUCCUUCCUGGAGGAGGCUCAGAUCAUGAAGAAGCUCCGACACGACAAACUGGUGCAGCUGUACGCCGUGGUGUCUGAAGAGCCCAUCUACAUCGUCACCGAGUACAUGUGCAAAGGGAGUUUGCUGGAAUUCCUGAAAGACGGAGAUGGACGAGUUCUGAAGCUGCCAAACCUAGUGGACAUGGCCGCUCAGGUGGCAGCAGGCAUGGCGUAUAUUGAGAGGAUGAACUACAUCCAUCGAGACCUGCGCUCCGCCAACAUCCUAGUCGGAGAAAGUCUGGUGUGCAAGAUCGCUGACUUCGGAUUGGCCCGACUCAUCGAGGACAAUGAAUACACAGCCAGACAAGGGGCCAAGUUUCCCAUCAAGUGGACGGCUCCUGAGGCCGCUCUCUACGGGAAAUUCACCAUCAAGUCCGACGUGUGGUCGUUCGGCAUCCUGCUGACGGAGCUGGUGACAAAGGGCAGAGUUCCCUAUCCAGGCAUGAACAACCGCGAGGUGCUGGAGCAGGUGGAGCGAGGCUACCGGAUGCCAUGCCCGCAGGACUGCCCCGUGUCGCUGCACGAGCUGAUGGUGCAGUGCUGGAAGAAGGACCCGGAGGAGAGGCCGACCUUUGAGUACCUGCAGGCGUUUUUGGAGGACUACUUCACUGCCACUGAGCCCCAGUACCAGCCAGGGGAUAAUCUCUGAGCACCGCCGGCCUCAACCCAUGUCAUUUCACCGGCUCUCCACUAGAGAGAGCCAGACUCCACGUUAUUCUAUCUCUCUCUCUCUCAUCCUGUGGCUCUAACCAUCUCAAAGGCUCAUCGACUGACUUCUGACUUCCAAGCUUGACACAUGCACACACACACACAUGCAGAGACACAUGCACACACAUACACACACACAGACAUACACACACAUGCACACACAGGGACGUACGGACUGCUGUCAGCAAAAUGACCAUCACUUCAGUGGAUGUUUGUGAGGUGGGAGGGGCGUUUGAGAUGAAAUGACUUGCCAUGGAUGAACCAGAUAAGUUGUGUAACUUGUAUGUAGUGUAAAUACAAAAUGCUUGUUUACUUAUCUCUUUUUUUUUGGUUGUUUGUUUCCUUUUAUAUUACUUUUGAUAUUUUGGAAAAUAAGUGGGUUUUUCCUUUUUUUUAAUCCAAGGUUAAAAGUUAUUUCAGAUUUACGGUUCGUAGAGAAAUUGGGUGAGGCUCACAGUUGGUGUAACAAAAUGGUGGCACAUGAUAAUUGUAGGAAUGCUAAUAGUUAGUCAUCAUGGACCGAGAUCUCUCAGAGGUUUUUCUGGGAGACCACUGACCUUUUUUACGAGGUUAAUCCUGACAAUACUCCUCUCUCCUCUUCUCAAGGAACUUAGAUGUACUUAUAACACCCGUUCUUGCCUUUUCAUGUUUAGUAAUAUCUCUUCUAAUGUAAGGGAAUGCCUUCAUGCUUUCUACACACUAACGUAGUGCGUCAUGGACUCUUCCACCCAAACUCUGUGCGGCAUCUUGCACUGAUAUCCAGUGAUUUCAUUGCAUUUCAGCUUCGGCCAAAUGAUUUUUAAGAAUCGGCUUAAAGUAAAUUUUAGUUUAGCUUAAUCCACGGGGAGGGGGUGUGCUUAUGUCCUUUCUCUAUUGCAACCAUUGUUUUCGGCUGACUGCUUAUUAUACUGACAAUGUUUUAAAAAUGUAUGUUUCAUUAGCGAAUGGCCGCAGGCUGUGUAAGAACUCGACUUCACAAGACGGGAAUGAAGGAUGUGUUUCUUGUGUUCGUACCUCCAUAAUGUGUUCCUGGAAAUAACAUGUUGUUUACAAGACCAAACGUGUGUGUCUUUCUUUGUGUUAUUUUGCUGAGCAUCACGGCCAGUUCUAUGUGUCCUCAAAGCAACACAGUUGUGUGAAACGUUCAGCUCCGGACGACGGUUUUAUCAUCCUCAAGUAUCCAACCCCCCCCCCCUCGCCUGAGAAGCAGUAUCCCAGGACAAGACACCUCGUCUGUGUGUAUUCAUGUUGAUUUUCUUCCAUGAGCAAAAAAACUAGAUUUUGUACGACAUAUUAACCCCAAUUCAGUAGAACACCAACUGUUUUUUUUGUUUGUUCUCUCUGCAUUAUUUAUUGUCUCUGUCUGUUACUUGUACACAGCUGGUUUUGAAAUAAACAAUCUUGCCAUCAUCAGCCUGUGACUUGGAAACAAUAAACACUUGUCAGUGA